AUGUUUUGGACCGGCCUGUUGCUGCUGUUCUUGCAACAUGUGGUUGCCUGGCACUCCGACGAUGACUUGAUGUCCUUUGUGACGCUUCCCGACGUGAGGGCCGUGAAAUUCGAUAUCACGUACCAGGAUCGCGAACGUGUCGCGCCGGGAUACUGGUUUGUCUCGCCGUAUUUGCACAUCGAGCCCGAUGAGCCUACCAGCCUGUACGAACAGUACCAGGUCGGCCCACAUAUCUAUGAUCAGGAUGGGCAUCUCGUCUGGACCGGGUCGCCCAUGUUCGACAACCGCAAUGUCUUCGACUUCAAGGUCAUCAACAGCUUCGGCAAUGAACCUCACAUUUCGCUGAUUUUGCAGUACGCAAACGACGACAGCGAACGUGGAUUUGGAAUGAUCUUGGAUAAGAACUACGAGGUUUCCCGGAAGAUUCCUUUACGGCCCGAUCUCGGCGCCUUUGAUAUCCACGAAUUCAAUGUUCUCAAGGACGGAAAGACUGCCGUCGCAACCGUCUAUCUCACCGAGGAGAUUUCCCUGGCGGAAUUCGGUCGUCCGGAGGAACAGACAUGGUUGGAGACCGGUGGCUUUGCGGAGAUCGAUCUGAACACCGCCGAGGUGACUUACGAGUGGAGAUCAUACAACCAGAUUCCUUUGCAAGAGACCGUUCAUUACCUCCCCGACUCGGUGCCAGAAGGACCGCCAGGCUGGGAUUACGUGCAUAUCAACUCGGUUGACAAGAACGACAACGGAGAUUAUCUGAUUUCGAUGCGCUUCACCAAUACUCUUUAUCUAAUAUCCGGCGUGGAUGGCCACAUCAUCUGGCGACUUGGUGGCCAACAAAAUGGCGACUUUGCCCAGGAUUUCAUCUUUUCCAAACAACACGAUGCUAAAUUCCUCGAAUCUUCGGGAACGCGCCAUGUCAUUUCCUUCCUCAACAAUGCAUCUGACGAGGAGAAUGCCGAGGAGGAGGUCUCUUCAGCCUUGAUCAUCGAGGUGGAAUCAGGCACAGUACCAAUGACCGCCAGAGUUCUCCACCGUUACAAUCGUCCCGAUGGCAGCCUCACUCGACUCCGUGGCAACGCUCAGGUACUCCCGAACCAGAACAUGUUUGUGUGCUGGAGCCAAGGUGGCUAUAUCUCGGAGUUCUCAUCCGAGGGUGAUACACUAAUGAGUGCCCAAUUCACCUCUCCUCGCUACUCAAACUACCGAGCCUACAAAUUUGAAUUCACCGGGCGUCCUCAUACUCCUCCCGAUGUCGUCUCGUCUGUAUUUGGCACUGACGAAACGAAUCUCGUUACCACAUUCUGGGUCAGCUGGAAUGGCGCUACCGACAUCGCUUCCUGGAAUUUCUAUGCCCAGGCCUCGCAAUUUGAUAAGCCUGUCUUUGUCGGCAACACCUCGAAGGUCGAUUUUGAAACAAUGUUUAUCGCGAAGGGAUAUCUCGACUGGAUCACCGUUGAGGCCGUCGAUCGAGAUGGCAAUGCCUUUGGCAUUUCUGCCGUGCAUCGAACCACCUUCCCCAGCUGGGAGGCCUCGGGAUGGACGGGUUACUCGUCAACCCCACGACCUCUUAACCCCGCAACGAUUUACCAGGGAGAUGGUAGCAUUCUCGCGACUGAGAAGGCUAGCGAGGACGGCUUCUUUUCGGUCGCGGAUGGCACAGCGGAUGCUCAGCUCAAAAAGGCUACCGUAACCCUGAUGAACACAUACGAGACCAUUCGCAGCAUUGGCGGUCUCUUCGCUCUCAUCCUGCUCCUGGCCGUGAUGAGCGGUAUCUUGGCGAGCUAUAUGCUGCUUCGCGGCUGGCGGGUCCGGCUAUACCAGCGAGCUCCCCUGGAGGAGGGGCUCCCUGAAGAAGAGGCUCAGCUCCGACCGGGUAUGGACGAUUGA